CUCAACCGGCUGUACUAUUUUGCAUUCCUGACUUGCGUUUCGGAUAUAAUUUUCUGUCAAAUACAAUACGUGAUCCCUGAAGAAUUGGAGCGCGGUGCUUUUGUAGGAAAUAUUACGGAGGAUUUAGGCCUAACCAUUGGAGAGAUGUCAUUUCGCAAAUUUCGGCUCGUCUCUGUUGACGGAAUGCAGGUAUUUAAGGUGAACACGGGGAAUGGCGUUUUAGUUGUAAACGAAAGAAUCGACAGAGAAAUUCUCUGUGGACAAAGCGUGACUUGUUCUGUUUCUCAGGAUGUAGCGGUAGAAAAUCCUUUGGAAAUGCACCGUGUCAAUGUGGAAAUAUUGGAUAUAAAUGAUAACUCGCCCAGAUUUCCCAAAAUGAGAUACGCUUUACAAGUAUCUGAGGUAACUGCAGCUGGAGCUCUUUUCCCACUCGAGAGUGCGCAAGAUGCAGAUGUGGGUACCAACGCUGUGAGUAGUUAUGAAAUCAGCACAAACAAGCACUUUAGCCUGAAGACUCGGACGAGAGGCGAUGGGAGUAAAAUGGCAGAGCUGGUGUUAGAAAACCCCUUAGACCGCGAGCAGCUCUCAAGUUUUCAUCUGACACUGACGGCCUUUGACGGUGGGACUCCUCGUAGAUCUGGCACUGCAGCAAUAAUCAUCACUGUACUGGAUGUUAAUGACUAUUCCCCAGUAUUUGAUCAUCAGAUAUACAAAACUAACGCAGUGGAGAAUUUACCUAAAGGUGCAUUGAUUGCAACAAUAAAUGCUGUUGAUUUAGACCAGGGAACAAAUGGCGAGGUGAAGUAUUAUUUGAGCAGCCACGUUUCUCACAGUGUGAGGGAAUUGUUCAGUUUGGACCCCGCAACUGGGCAGCUCAGAGUUCAAGGGUCACUGGACUAUGAAAAAAAGAAAGUUUACCAACUUGAUGUGGAAGCUGUGGAUGAUGGUACACCCGCAUUAGUUGGGCGUGCUGAAAUCCUUGUCGAAUUAGUUGAUGUUAAUGAUAACGCCCCGGAGUUAAAAAUAAACUCGUUAUUCAUUGAAGUAAGCGAAGAUGCUGCAAGAGGGACUGUGAUCGCUAUAAUAAGUGCAACCGAUCCUGAUUCUGGCGGAAAUGGACAAGUGCGGUGUCAGUUGCCACCAAAUUUCCCAUUUAAACUUCAAAAAUCUUUGAACGGGCAGUACAAUUUAAUAGUGAGUGACACACUGAAUCGCGAAUCCUCUCCGCACUACAACAUUUCCAUUUCUGCCUGGGAUGCAGGAUCACCACCUCUUUCCACAAAUAAAACUAUCCAUGUUUCCGUUUCUGAUAUCAAUGAUAAUGCACCACAAUUUACUCAGGCGGUAUAUAAUGUGUUCCUGAUGGAAAACAAUGCUCCUGGUGGAUCAAUAUUUGAUGUUACCGCUUUCGACACUGAUAUGGGCAAGAAUAGCGCUGUAUCGUAUUUCCUGUUGGACAGUUUCACACAUGAAAGUUCCGCGUCUGGCAGCUUUAGUGUUAACUCGGAAAAUGGGCACCUUUACGCGCUACGCUCUUUUGACUAUGAAAUACAGAAGAAAUUUCAGAUCAAAGUUCAGGCUCAGGAUGGCGGUACUCCCUCACUGACCAGCACUGCUCUCGUAAACGUUAUUAUCCUGGACCAAAAUGACAACGCCCCAGUCAUUGUCUCACCUUCCAACCACAGCAGUUCGAUUUUGAUUGUACCAAAAUCUGCAUAUCCCGGAUACUUGGUGACCAAAGUAAUUGCGACAGACGCAGAUUCUGGACAGAAUGCACGACUUUCUUACCAGCUCAUAGAAGCUACUGACCACAGCAUUUUUAAUGUGGGACUUACCUCUGGCGAAAUUCGAACAACUCGAAAUUUUAGGGAGCAAGAUGCUCUUAGACAGGCGCUUGUAAUUUUGGUCAGGGACAAUGGGCAGCCGAGUCUCUCUAGUGCAGUUUCAAUUCUCUUUACAAUCCAAAGUAAUGUUACUGAAAAUACCUUUGAACAAAAAAGCAAACCUCGAAGUCCAGAAUUAUUUUCAGAUUUAAAUUUUCUAUUGAUCAUAAUUUUAGGAUCAACUUCCUGUAUAUUUUUAUUCAUAAUAAUUUUUCUGGUCGUUGUGAAAUGCAAACAAGACAGGAAUAAUUACUGUUACGCGUUCAGAUUCUGUUGCUACAGGCAGAGAGAUUCAACGGGUGCCUCUUAUUGUCGAGACGUCCCAAAAGCAAAUUUAAAUUAUCUCGAUUCUGCUCAAACUCUGCCAAUUCGAGAAUCAUAUAAUUACACUGUCUGUCUGUCACCCGAAUCCUCUAAGAGUGAUUUUUUGUUUUUAAAACCCUGUAACCCGACAUUGCCUCUGGAUGAUAUUAAUACUCGUGUGUCAUUCGCAAGUUUAGCUACAUUCAUUCCAUUGGCAAAAACCAAGACUUUGCUCCGGAUUGUAGCAGCCAUCGAAGGCUACUCAUUAAGCCAGAUGGCUGGGCUACCUAUGAACACUGUGCAAAGAGGAGGUACCAAGUAUACUGUUCCUUCUGCAGUUGUCUAUGUUAUUGUUGAAGCAAACAUCAUGGGGUUGAUGGUGCAGGCUUUCAGCAAUUACAACGAGAUGGCAUUGGCUCACUUGGCGAUCGAACCCGGAACAAUGGCGAAAGGGCUCAACCGGCUGUACUAUUUUGCAUUCCUGACUUGCGUUUCGGAUUUAAUUUUCUGUCAAAUACAAUACGUGAUCCCCGAAGAAAUGGAGCGCGGUGAUUUUGUAGGGAAUAUUGCGGAGGAUUUAGGCCUCACCAUUGGAGAGAUGUCAUUUCGCAAAUUUCGGCUCGUCUCUGAUGACGGAAUGCCGUUAUUUAAGGUGAACAUGGGGAAUGGCAUUUUAGUUGUAAACGAGAGAAUCGACAGGGAAAUUCUCUGUGGACGAAUUGUGAGUUGUUCUGUUUCUCAGGAUGUAGCGGUAGAAAAUCCUUUGGAAAUGCACCGUGUCAAUGUGGAGAUAUUGGAUGUAAAUGAUAACUCGCCCAAGUUUCCGAAAAUGAGAUACCCUUUACAAGUAUCUGAGGUAACUGCAGUAGGAUCUCUUUUCCUACUGGAGAGUGCGCAAGAUGCAGAUGUGGGUACCAACGCUGUGAGUAGUUAUGAAAUCAGCACAAACAAGCACUUUAACCUGAAGACUCGGACGAGAAGCGAUGGGAGUAAAAUGGCAGAGCUGAUGUUAGAAAACCCCUUAGACCGCGAGCAACUCUCAAAUUUUCACCUGACACUGACGGCCUUUGACGGUGGAACUCCUCGUAGAUCCGGUACUGCAGAAAUAAUCAUCACUGUACUGGAUGUUAAUGAUUGUGCCCCAGUAUUUGAUCAUCAGACAUACAAAACUAAAACACUGGAGAAUUUACCUAAAGGUUCAUUGAUUGCAACAAUAAAUGCUGUUGAUUUAGACCAGGGAACAAAUGGCGAGGUGAAGUAUUAUUUGAGCAGCCACGUUUCUCACAGUGUGAGGGAAUUGUUCAGUUUGGACCCCGCAACUGGGCAGCUCAGAGUUCAAGGGUCACUGGACUAUGAAAAAAAGAAAGUUUACCAACUUGAUGUGGAAGCUGUGGAUGAUGGUACACCCGCAUUAGUUGGGCGUGCUGAAAUCCUUGUCGAAUUAGUUGAUGUUAAUGAUAACGCCCCGGAGUUAAAAAUAAACUCGUUAUUCAUUGAAGUAAGCGAAGAUGCUGCAAGAGGGACUGUGAUCGCUAUAAUAAGUGCAACCGAUCCUGAUUCUGGCGGAAAUGGACAAGUGCGGUGUCAAUUGCCACCAAAUAUCCCAUUUAAACUUCAAAAAUCUUUGAACGGGCAGUACAAUUUAAUAGUGAGUGACACACUGAAUCGCGAAUCCUCUCCGCACUAUAACAUUUCCAUUUCUGCCUGGGAUGCAGGAUCACCACCUCUUUCCACAAAUAAAACUAUCCAAGUUUCCGUUUCUGAUAUCAAUGAUAAUGCACCACAAUUUACUCAGGCGGUAUAUAACGUGUUCCUGAUGGAAAACAAUGCUCCUGGUACAUCAAUAUUUGAUGUUACCGCUUUCGACCCUGACAUGGGCAAGAAUAGCGCUGUAUCGUAUUUCCUGUUGGACAGUUUCACACGUGAAAGUUCCGCGUCUGGCCGCUUUAGUGUUAACUCGGGAAAUGGGCACCUUUACGCGCUACGCUCCUUUGACUAUGAAAUACAGAAGAAAUUUCAGUUCAAAGUUCAGGCUCAGGAUGGCGGUACUCCCUCACUGACCAGCACUGCUCUCGUAAACGUUAUUAUCCUGGACCAAAAUGACAACGCCCCAGUCAUUGUCUCACCUUCAAACCACAGCAGUUCGAUUUUGAUUGUACCAAAAUCUGCACAUCCCGGAUACUUGGUGACCAAAGUAAUUGCGACAGACGCAGAUUCUGGACAGAAUGCACGACUUUCUUACCAGCUCAUAGAAGCUACUGACCACAGCAUUUUUAACGUGGGACUUACCUCUGGCGAAAUUCGAACAACUCGAAAUUUUAGGGAGCAAGAUGCUCUUAGACAGGCGCUUGUAAUUUUGGUCAGGGAUAAUGGGCAGCCGAGUCUCUCUAGUGCAGUUUCAAUUCUCUUUACAAUCCAAAGUAAUGUUACUGAAAAUACGUUUGAACAAAAAAGCAAACCUCGUAAUCCAGGAUUGUUUUCAGAUUUAAAUUUUCUGUUGAUCAUAAUUUUAGGAUCAACUUCCUGCAUAUUUUUAUUCAUAAUAUUUUUUCUGGUCGUUGUGAAGUGCAAACAAGACAGGAAUAAUUACUGUUACGCGUUCAGAUUCUGUUGCUACAGGCAGAGAGAUUCAACGGGUGCCUCUUAUUGUCGAGACGUCCCAAAAGCAAAUUUAAAUUAUCUCGAUUCUGCUCAAACUCUGCCAAUUCGAGAAUCAUAUAAUUACACUGUCUGUCUGUCACCCGAAUCCUCUAAGAGUGAUUUUUUGUUUUUAAAACCCUGUAACCCGACAUUGCCUCUGGAUGAUAUUAAUACUCGUGAAACGGAGGGUAGACGACAUUUUUGCAGAUUUCAAUUGGAUCCCGAAACCACAACAAUGGCGAAACUGCUCAGCCGGCUCUUCUAUUUUGUGAUACUGACUUGCGUCUCAGAUUUAAUUUUCGCUGAAAUACAUUACGUGAUCCCCGAAGAAAUGGAGCGCGGUGCGUUUGUUGGGAAUAUCGCGGAUGAUUUAGGCCUAAGUACUGGUGAGAUGUCGUUUCGCAAAUUUCAUCUCGUCUCUGACGAUGGGAGGCGUGUAUUUAAAGUGAAUAUGGGGAAUGGUGCUUUAGUUGUGAACGAGAGAAUCGACAGGGAAAUUCUCUGUGGACGAAGUGCGAUUUGUUCUGUUUCUCAGGAUGUAGCGGUAGACAAUCCUUUAGAAAUGCACCAUGUCGAUGUGGAAAUAUUGGAUAUAAAUGAUAACUCGCCCAGAUUUCCCAAAAUGAGAUACGCUUUACAAAUAUCUGAGGUAACUGCAGCAGGAGCUCGUUUCCCACUCGAGAGUGCGCAAGAUGCAGAUGUGGGUACCAACGCUGUGUGUAGUUAUGAAAUCAGCACAAACAAGCACUUUAGCCUGAAGACUCGGACCAAAAGCGAUGGAACUAAAAUUGCAGAGCUGAUGUUAGAAAACCCUUUAGACCGCGAGCAACUCUCGAUGUUUCAUCUCAUACUGACGGCCAUUGACGGUGGGGCUCCUCGUAGAUCUAGCACUGCAGAAAUAGUGAUCACUGUCCUCGAUGUAAACGACAAUGCCCCAGUAUUUGAUCAUCAGAUAUACAGGGUUAACGCAUUGGAGAACGUACCUGAAAAUACGUUGAUCAUAACAUUAAAUGCUGUUGAUUUAGACCAGGGAACAAAUGGUGAAGUGAAGUACUAUUUCACAAGCCACGUUUCUCAUCGUGUGAGGGAGUUGUUCAGUUUGAACCUCGCAACUGGGCAGAUCAGAGUUCAAGGAUCACUGGACUAUGAAGAAGAGAAAGUUUACCAAUUUGAUGUAGAAGCUGUAGACAAUGGUACGCCCGCAUUAGUUGGGCUCGCCGAGGUUAUUAUUGAAUUAGUAGACGUUAAUGAUAACGCUCCGGAGUUAAAAAUAAGCUCGUUCUUUAUUGAGGUAAGCGAAGAUGCUGCAAGUGGGACUGUGAUCGCUAAAAUAAGUGCAACCGAUCGUGAUUCAGGUGAAAAUGGACAAGUGCGGUGUCAGUUAUCACAAAAUAUCCCGUUUAACCUUCAAAACUCUUUGAACAGGCAAUACAAUUUAAUAGUGAGUGGCAUACUGAAUCGCGAAAUCUCUCCAUACUACAACAUUUCCGUUUCUGCCUGGGAUGCAGGAUCACCACCUCUUUCCACAAAUAAAACUAUCCACAUUUCAGUUUCUGACAUCAAUGAUAAUGCACCACAAUUUACGCAGGCGGUAUAUAAUGUGUUCCUACUGGAAAACAAUGCUCCUGGUGCAUCAAUAUUUGAUGUUACCGCUUUCGACCCUGAUAUGGGCAGGAAUAGCGCUGUAUCGUAUUUCCUAUUGGACAGUUUCACACGUGAAAGUUCUGCGUCUGGCCGCUUCAGUGUUAACUCGGAAACUGGGCACCUUUACGCGCUACGCUCUUUUGACUAUGAAAUACAGAAAAAAAUUCAGUUCAAAGUUCAGGCUCAGGAUGGCGGUACUCCCUCACUGACCAGCACUGCUCUCGUAAACGUUAUUAUCCUGGACCAAAAUGACAAUGCCCCAGUCAUUGUCUCGCCUUCAAACCACAGCAGUUCGAUUUUGAUUGUACCAAAAUCUGCGCAUCCCGGAUACUUGGUGACCAAAGUAAUUGCGACAGACGCAGAUUCUGGACAGAAUGCACGACUUUCUUACCAGCUCAUAGAAGCUACUGAUCACAGCAUUUUUAAUGUGGGAUUUACUUCUGGCGAAAUUCGAACAACUCGAAAUUUUAGGGAGCAAGAUGUCCUGAGACAGACACUUGUAAUUUUGGUCAGGGAUAAUGGGCAGCCGAGUCUCUCUAGUACAGUUUCAAUUCUCUUUACAAUCCAAAGUAAUGUUACUGAAAGUACCUUUGAACAAAAAAGCAAACCACGAAAUUCAGAAUUAUUUUCAGAUUUAAAUUUUCUAUUGAUCAUAAUUUUAGGAUCAACGUCCUGUAUAUUUCUAUUCAUAAUAGUUUUUCUGGUCGUUUUGAAAUGCAAACAAGACAGGAAUAUUUUCUGUUACACGUCCAGGAUGUGCUGCUACAGGCUGAGGAAUUCAGCCGAUGCCUCUCAUUGUCGAGGCGUCCCGAAAGCAAAUUUAAAUUAUCUCGAUUCUGCUCAGACUCUCCCAAUUGGACAAUCAUAUAAUUACACCGUCUGUCUUUCACCCGAAUCCUCUAAGAGCGAUUUUUUGUUCUUAAAGCCGUGCAACCCGACAUUGCCUCUGGAUGAUAUUAAUAUUCGUGACGCAGACACACAAUAUGGUGUCAUUGCGCAAAGAGCCAGACAAGGAAACGAUAUUAGGCGGCAUUUUGGGCAGACUUACAAUUGGAUCGAAGACGGAACAAUGGCGAGAAGGCUCAGCCGGCUGCUCUUUUUUGUGUUACUGACUUGCGUCUCGGAUCUAAUUUUCGCUCAAAUACAAUACGUGAUCCCCGAAGAAAUGGAGCGCGGUGCUGUUGUUGGGAAUAUCGCGGAAGAUUUAGGCCUAAGCAUUGGAGAGAUGUCAUUUCGCAAAUUUCGGCUCGUCACUGACGACAGAAUGCAGUUGCUGAAGGUGAAUAUGGGGAGUGGUAUUUUAAUUGUGAACGAGAGAAUCGACAGGGAAAUGCUGUGUGGGCAAAGUGCAACUUGCUCUAUUUCCCAGGAUUUAGCGGUAGACAAUCCAUUAGAAAUGUAUCUUGUCGAUGUGGAAAUAUUGGAUGUAAAUGAUAACUCGCCUAUAUUUCCCAAAAUGAGAUAUGCUUUUCAAGUAUCUGAGUUAACUGCAGCAGGAGCACUUUUUCCACUCGAGAGUGCGCACGAUGCAGAUGUGGGUACAAAUGCAGUGAGUAGUUAUGAAAUCAGCACAAACAAACAUUUUGGAAUGAACACUCGGACCAGAAGUGAUGGGAGUAAAAUUGCAGAGCUGAUGUUAGAAAACCCCUUAGACCGGGAGCAACACUCGAGUUUUCAUCUGACACUGACGGCCAUUGAUGGUGGAAUUCCUCGAAGAUCUGGUACUACAGAAAUAGUCAUCACUGUACUGGAUGGAAAUGAUAAUGCCCCAGUAUUUGAUCAUCAGAUAUACAACAUUAACGCAUUGGAGAACAUACCUAUAGGUACCGUGAUCACAACAUUACAUGCUGUUGAUUUGGACCAGGGAACAAAUGGCGAGGUAAGGUACUAUUUAACUAACUACGUUUCUCACAGGGUGAGGGAAUUGUUCAAUUUGAACCCAGAAACUGGACAGAUCAAUGUUCAAGGUUCACUGGACUAUGAAGAAAAGAAAGCUUACCAACUUGAUGUAGAAGCUGUGGACAAUGGUACGCCCGCAUUAGUUGGACGCGCGGAGAUUCUUGUUGAAUUGGUUGACGUUAAUGAUAACGCCCCGGAUUUAAAAGUAAACUCUCUAUCCAUUGAGGUAAGCGAAGGUGCUGCAGGAGGGACUGUGAUCGCCAUUAUAAGUGCAACGGAUCGUGAUUCCGGCGAAAAUGGGCACGUGCAGUGUCAUUUGCCACCAAAUAUCCCGUUCAAACUUCAAAAAUCUUUGAACAGGCAAUACAAUUUAAUAGUGAGUGACACAUUGAAUCGCGAAACCACUCCUUUCUACAACAUUUCCAUAUCAGCCUGGGAUGCAGGGUCACCCCCUCUUUCAACAAAUAAAACUAUCCACGUUUCGGUUUCUGAUAUAAAUGAUAAUGCACCACAGUUUACUCAGUUGUUAUAUAAUGUGUUCCUGAUGGAAAACAAUGUUCCUGGUGCAUCAGUAUUUGCAGUUACCGCUUUAGAUGCUGAUUUGGGCAAGAAUAGCGAGAUAUCGUAUUUCCUAUUGGACAGUUUUUUAACUGAAACUUCCUCGUCUGGCCAAUUUAUUGUUAAUUCAGAAAGUGGGCGCAUUUAUGCACUGCGCUCUUUUGACUACGAAAUACAGAAGAAUUUUCAGAUCAAAGUUCAGGCUCGAGAUAGUGGAACCCCCUCACUGAACAGCACUGCUGUCGUGAAUGUUAUUAUUCUGGACCAAAAUGACAAUGCCCCAGUCAUUGUAUCACCCUCAAACAUGGCGAUUGUGUUUGUGCCAAAAUCUGCACAUCCCGGAUACUUGGUGACCAAAGUAAUUGCUACUGACGCAGAUUCUGGACAGAAUGCAAGACUGUCUUUUCAGCUCCUAGAAGCUACCGAUCAGAGCAUUUUUAGCGUGGAAUUUACCUCUGGAGAAAUCACAACAACACGAAAUUUUAGGGAGCAAGUUGCUGUUAGACAGGCGAUUGCAGUUUUGGUCAGGGACAAUGGACAGCCAAGUCUCUCCAGUACAGUCUCAAUUCUCUGUACAGUUCAACAUAACGCUACUGAAAAUACCUUUGAUCGAAAAUACAAACCUCGAAAUCCUGAAUUAUUUUCAGAUUUAAAUUUUUUAUUGAUCAUAAUUUUCGGAUCAACUUCCUGCAUAUUUCUAUUUAUAAUAUGUUUUCUGGUCGUUGUGAAAUACAAACAAGAUAGGAAUAUUUAUUGUUACACGUCUAGAAUAUGUUGCCAUGGACAGAGGAAGUCAACCAAUGCUUCUCAUUUUAGAGACGUCGCAGAAUCAAAUCUAGAUUCUGUUCAAACUCUGCCUGUUCGGGACUCAUAUAAUUACACCGUUUGUCUCUCACCUGAAUCCUCUAAAAGUGAUUUUUUGUUUUUAAAACCGUCUCACCCAACGUUGCCUCUGGAUGGUACUAAUAUUCAUGACACAGAGAGAUAAUGUAAUACGUGAAUGCGCAAUCAAUUUGCAAUUUAUACGUCUAUGUAUAGCACGCAUCCCACAAAAAAUAUCAAACCCGAGGCAUAUGUUUCUUUUUGGAAUGCAUAUUCUCCCUUUGGAGUAGAGACAGACCCAGAAUUUGGAGAUGCAGUAUCUAAAAUGCUGUUUUGUGAUUGCUGUUAACAUUACAAUAGAUGCUGAGUCUUUUAGAGUGUUAAUUUGUUCAGUUGU